CCGCGAUUAAUUAAAUUAGGAAUACCCUUUGGAUGCACAUCUUUUUAUAAAAUAUAGCAUCUGUUCCUAAUUGAUUUAUGGCAGUAGAUUCCCAUCCCGUCCAUUGGUGGAGAGAACGUUAAACCGUUUAAGCUCGGGGUUGGCGGCGGGCGGAUCCACGGAUUAUUUCUCAGCUAUCACCACACCCAGAGGAGUAAAGGAAGCUUGGGAGUACGGCGGUGAGGGUUGACUGGGUAUUUGUGGCGAGGUGUUAAGAACUAGGGUUUGUUUUUUUUUUCUUUUCCGUCAUUUGUUGAAAACCUGGAGCAAAUUGUGGAUUGUGCGGAAAUCGUACAUUGUGAGUGUGGAAUCACGGCGCCGGAGGAGUGACAGACUGGACGGUGGGUGUAAAACAGGAGUUCGCGAUCAUGAUGGCGUGUUGCAUUAGUGAGGAAGCGAAAGAACAGAGAAGAAUCAAUCAAGAGAUCGAGCGACAACUACGAAAGGAUAAGCGUGAUGCCAGGAGGGAGCUAAAGCUCCUCCUGCUUGGUACAGGGGAGUCUGGCAAAAGUACCUUUAUCAAACAGAUGCGCAUCAUCCAUGGGCAUGGUUACAAUGAUGAAGACAAGAAAGGUUUCAUCAAGCUGGUGUAUCAGAAUAUUUUUAUGGCUAUGCAGAGUAUGAUCAAGGCCAUGGACAUGCUGAAAAUACAGUACAUAGAUCCUAACAACUCUGAACAUGCCAACCUGGUGGGACAAGUCGAUUAUGAGACAGUGACAACAUUUGAUGCCCCCUAUGUCCAGGCUAUUAAAAGGCUCUGGGCAGAUGCAGGCAUCCAAGAAUGCUAUGACCGAAGGAGGGAGUACCAGCUCACAGACUCUGCCAAAUACUAUUUGAGUGAUGUAGACAGAAUAGCAGCGCCAGACUACCUCCCCACACAGCAAGACAUCCUCCGAGUCCGAGUUCCGACAACAGGUAUCAUCGAGUACCCUUUCGACUUAGACUCCAUCAUUUUCAGAAUGGUUGAUGUUGGCGGGCAGCGCUCUGAAAGACGGAAGUGGAUCCACUGCUUUGAGAAUGUCACCUCUAUUAUAUUCCUAGUAGCCUUAAGUGAAUAUGACCAGAUCCUUUUUGAAUCUGAUAAUGAGAACCGAAUGGAGGAGAGUAAAGCAUUAUUCAAAACUAUCAUCACAUAUCCAUGGUUCCAGAACUCCUCUGUAAUUCUAUUUCUAAACAAGAAAGACUUAUUAGAAGAGAAAAUUAUGUAUUCUCAUUUAGUGGACUAUUUUCCCGAGUACGAUGGACCAAAGAAAGAUGCCAUUCACGCUAGGGAGUUCAUCCUGAAAAUGUUUGUGGACCUCAACCCAGACAGUGAAAAAAUCAUCUAUUCCCAUUUCACAUGCGCCACAGACACGGAGAACAUCAGGUUUGUGUUUGCUGCCGUGAAGGACACAAUCUUGCAACUGAACUUGAAGGAGUACAACCUAGUGUAGGAACGCUUGACCACAGGUUUUCUUCCCUUUUGUUUCUUCACACUCUCGCGCUCUCUUAAGCACCAUGGUGUUGCGUCAGAGAGGCGAGAGGCCUUUCCACAUGCUGCUGCUCGCUUGCUCCACACAACGGACAAGCUGAGGGAGGAGAAAGAGCGUGGCUCUCUGCUGCCACCGAGCGCGGCUUUUUAUGCGAGCGAGAAGGAGAGAAAGUCAGGGGCAUGCCCCCUCCUGUGACACUUGUCUCUCGUAGGCCUUAUGACGACGGACUGUUUCCUUGCCCACCUGUCUCUUUUUUUUUUUUUUCAGAAGAACUUUGUGUCUGUCUUCCCCAACCUCCCCAAUGUGUGCUUCUUGAACCCCACUUUUACCGCGUUUGAGCCCCCUGUCUUCGUUGUGGUAGUAUUUAAGUUUUGUGUUUACGUUUUAUACACUGCCUUGAAUUGAAGACGGCUUUUUGAACUGAGGACUCUGUAGGAUGAUGGGAGAAAGAAAGAAAAAAAAAACAUAUUGCGUGGAGUGCCAAACUAUCCUGCUCCCCACUUGCAGCAGCUGCUUCGGGCACAGCGGAGCCAAACGCACACUCGGCAGCAAUUAUCGUUUAAGGAUGCACCACCGCCACUGGCUAAGCAGGAGAAGGAAAAAGAGAAAACAACUAUCCGCCCAUCUUCAAACACCAAGGAGCAAAAACAAAAUAUGAGAAGAUGAAGCUAAGAUGAGUUUUACGUGGGUGGUCCUGCCCGUGCAGAGGUGUUCGUGCGUGUGUGUCGCUCAAAACCAAUUGGAAGUCUGUGCUCUUUCUUUUUAGAUGCUUCAUUUUUUUCAAUCUCUUUCUUUUGUUUUUACCUAGUCAAUGUCUGUACAUAAUGAGUGGUGCAUGGCAGCGUGGCACAACACGUGGUGGGAGAAGAGCAGUGGGUCCAAUUUCUCCCGAGUGCUGAAGAAGCAUGCUCGUGCCCUUGAAAGGCAUGCCACCUACACUGGCUUACUGACAGUUAUAAGUAUAUAUAUUUACUGGAGAGUCCUGUGCAUGCAGCACAGUGGUCCCUCCCAGUGCGUGGGCUGGGCACUUCUGCAGUUGGUGGCGGGAUGUCUGUGUGUAUUUCUUGUCCCUCCUUCCCCCAGUAGUGUAUUUUCGAGAAAGUGCUGCUCUAUACUGGUUCUAGUGGGAACGAAAAAAGAAAAAGGUGCUGUCUGCCUUUUUUGUUUUUGGACUCUGGAGAGAGAGCGAGAAAAAAAAAAUGCCUGUGUAAAACUUCCUUGCAUUUUGUGGUUCUCCUAUGCUACUCAGCCUUAACAUUGUGUGCUGAAAACUUCGAGAGGCAGCGAGAAACUCCGGCUGGCAGUGUUGCUAGCUGGCGGGGAGGAUAUGAAUUGGGACAGGAAGGACAUUGCAGCAUGUGGCAUUGUAUAUUAACAGGUAUAGCAUUGGUUGAGCCACGGACUGGUCCAUUGUGUACUACGUUUCUUUAAAUUCCUUUCUCGCCAAAUGUGAGGCAAGGACCCAUCGUGGCGCAUCGUCUACUGUUGUUACUCCUCUACGUUGAGAGAUCUGCUUGCUUCAGUAUUGCCCCCCCCUUUUAUAUUUGUUGUUUUCAACCAUAACAGUGAAAAGAAUUAACUUUAUUUUGUCUGAAAAGGCCACGUUUUUCAUGCAAAACUGUUGAGCUUUUGCUCGUCGAAGUAUUUCAAGCUCUGCAUAGACAUAUGAAACAAGCUUUUGUUGCAAUUUUUGACUCCUUCAUUCUGUACGAACUAAGGUGUACCGUUGUGAGAGCAAAAUGCUAGAACAUGCCUUUUUACCAGCUGUGAGAAGAAGAGAAAAUAAUUACUACUGCCACGUUGCCAAUACCAUAGCUGUCUGUGGAGUAUGAAUGCUCCCCUCCCACUUUGUAAAAAGUUUUACCGCCAUAGUGUAGCGGAUUGUUCAGGAUAUGUCUUUCCUUGGGCGUUUAAAUGAGUGUGUUUGCGUGCGAGAGUUAGGACCGGAAUGAAUGCGCAGAUUACUGGCCUGGGGGUUUCUAUAUCUUUUGUUUAUCAGUGGUGUGCCGAGGGGUGUCCUCCUGCAUCAGUGCUAGGCCGAGUUGAAGGCGCAAAUCUUUAUCUCUGCAAUGCCUGCUUAGUUAGAGGACAAGGAGGAACAAAGGAAUAAACUUGCACUCUUUGUACAUUGAAGGUACGAAGAAAGCAUCCUGAUCAAGGAAGAAAAAAAAAAAAAACAGUCGCGGUAUCUAUUCAAAAUGUGUGUGUGUGUGUGCUUGAACCCCCACAGAGGAGGAAAAAAUGGCUGCAGAUGCAGGGAAGGUGCAUUGCCAGUACUCCUCCCUGUUAUGUUGCCAGUUGUUUCGGCUGCAUCCCUCCCCUGUAGGAUUGUGUGCCGCAAGGUCUGCGUAUGAUCCCUUCCCCCUUGGGAACAUCCAAGGAGACCCAUUCGGUGAAAAAAUACUUGGUACCUGAUUCUUGUUGCAUAAGGCAGGAUGGAGUAAAGAUGCUUACCAUACAUGCUGCAAAAUGCAACUGUUUUGCAGUUUCUCUUCAACACUUUCAACACCUCAGUUAAGAGCGUGAGAGAUAUAUAUACAGACACACACACACAAUGGGGUAACAUGGUUUUUCUAUCGCUCCUUAGGGGCUAAUGCAAAUCCCAGUCUAGAAGUGGCAGGGUUGUUGCUAGGACUGGCGUUCGUUAUCAAACUAAGUUUGUAGCGAUCUGGUACAUUACAUCGCGUGUGCAUGCUAUUAAAAUAUUGACAUUUACGCAAUGGGUUUUUGUCUUGUGUAUUCAGUGUGCAUCGGUACUUCUAGGUACAUUUUGAUCAGCAUAUGAUUACUCUUAUAAUACAUCAGUUGUAUGAUGGAAGAACGGUUCUUUGUUUCCGCUUGCUUUUGUUUUCUGGCAAAGUGCAAAAACAGACAGGACUACUUACGCUUCCUCGAUUAUGUGUGCAUCAUCGAGAAACAUUCGCUGUGAGUGCGUCUGCCAGCAUUGAAGACCGCAGCCGAGAUGACGAAGGUGACUAAACUCCCAGAGUGGUGCAGGACAGUGGUGUGUGUGUGUGUGCUUGUGUGUGCAUGUAUAUAAUUAUGGGAAAGAUGUGAGCUCUGAAGAAAAAGCUUUGCCAGAAUUGUUUGGACAUGGACUUUGAGGACUUUACCUUUAUAUGGAUGUGUAAAUUUGUAAUAUUCAAAUUAAUGCAACCGUUGGGUAAAGUAUUGAAUAAAUUCUCUUAAAAUUCUCGUUUGAAACCAAGCGAGCUGCCUCU